AACAAUUCAUCGUUGUUAUUAAAUAUUAUUUCUACGUAAAAUUCGUAAUAUACUUACAAAUUAUAUUGUCUCUUAUCACCGGUGUCUAUCGUUGUAAUGGGAGAGAGUCAGUGGAAAGAUUGGAAACCUUUUAUUUAUGGAGGUUUAGCUUCAAUUGUUGCUGAAUUAGGAACUUUUCCUUUGGAUACAACAAAAACACGUCUUCAAAUUCAAGGACAGAAAUUAGAUCAAAGAUAUACACACUUAAAAUAUUCUGGUAUGAUUGAUGCUUUGUUUAAAAUAUCACAACAAGAAGGUUUUAAAGCUCUAUAUUCUGGAAUUAGUUCAGCUAUAUUAAGACAAGCUACUUACGGAACCAUAAAAUUUGGUACUUACUAUUCUUUAAAAAAAGCAGCUAUGGAUAAGUGGGAAACAGAUGAUUUAGUGGUUAUAAAUGUUAUAUGUGCUGCAUUAGCAGGUGCUGUCUCAAGUGCUAUAGCUAAUCCUACUGAUGUAAUAAAAGUUCGUAUGCAAGUAACUGGAAUUAAUUCAAAUUUAUCAUUGUUUGGUUGUUUUCAAGAUGUAUAUCAACAUGAAGGUGUUUGUGGUUUAUGGAGGGGUGUAGGACCUACAGCCCAAAGGGCAGCAAUUAUUGCAGCUGUAGAAUUACCUAUAUAUGAUUAUAGCAAAAAGAAAUUUAUGAUUUUAUUUGGAGAUAGUGUUAGUAAUCAUUUUAUGUCCAGUUUUAUAGCUAGUAUGGGAAGUGCAAUAGCCUCCACUCCUAUAGAUGUUGUUCGUACACGUUUAAUGAAUCAGAGGAGGAUACGUACUACAGGUGGUCUGUUACCACCUCAUAUUUAUAAUGGUAGCAUAGAUUGCUUUCUCCAGACUUUUAAGAAUGAAGGAUUUUUAGCUUUAUAUAAAGGUUUUGUACCUACUUGGUUUAGAAUGGGACCAUGGAAUAUCAUAUUUUUCAUCACAUAUGAACAAUUGAAACAACUAGGUGAUUCAAAUAUAUUAUUAAAUAAUAUAUUGGAAGAAAAAAAUGAAUAG